AUGUCGAGUCCGGCUGAAACUGCAACCACUAGCAGUCAAGGUAAGAGUCCUGAUGUUCGAUCUACAAGCACACCUGAUAGAGCGCUCGGCUCUAAAGCAGAAGCUUUGAAUAAAGAACCCCUUCUCAACCCCCCCUCGAAUAUGAAUAAAAAGGCCUCCUCAGUCAAGAGUGCAUGCUCUAAGACCUCCCGUAGAAACAGCCAAGUUUCCCGCGGAAACUCCUUGAAACAAGUCGGUCAAAACUGUCGGUCGUGUUCUUCCGUGGACAAUAGUCGUAUGGUACAGUGUGAUGACUGCGAUGAGUGGCAUCAUUUUAGUUGCGUCGGUGUCGAUAGUACAAUCGAAUCGAAACCGUGGCGAUGCGCGAAGUGCAACCGGAAAGUGAAGAAACGUAGCUCUGGUAAACAGACAAAAGCGCUCAAGGGUACAGUUAACAUGAAAGCUACUGGUGUUUUGAGACGAGGUACUUCCGCAGAAAAAGUAGGUCAUCAAGAGAAAGAUACUUGCAAGGUGGUUAAGUCAUCGGAUGCUGUAUCGGUCGCCUCAGCUACGUCGAGACGGUCGUGUAGGGAGCGUUUGGAAUUGCAACUGCGUCGAAUCGAAGCUGAACAGACACUGCUAGAGGAGAAGAAAAAGUUGCUGAAAAAGCAGUUUAGUGUUCUUGAGGAACUGGCGGAUCUCGACGAGAAAGAAGCGGAAGCUGAAUUAGAUGGAGAGAAAAGUGUUUCCAAGGUUAAAGACUGGCUGAACGAGAAGGAAGAUGGUACUGAAAGUGAAUAUUCGGGCGAUGAGGAAAUCGAUGAGGAAGAGUUACUGGAUAGCAGUGACUAUUCGGAAGAAGAGGAAGAAGAACCACCGGUGAAGAAUUCGUCUACAUUCCAGCCGAGUAAGCGGUCAACGCCAAGGGAAGGUCACCGGAGCCAGCGGAGGAUGCUUACAACUAGCAACCAGUUUAACUGUAGCCUAAACCGUAACCAGAUUGCCGCACGCCAAGUGGUCGCGAAAGAUUUGCCCGUGUUUUCAGGGAAUCCCGAGGAUUGGCCGCUCUUCUUUUCUACCUACGAAAGUACGACGCGCAUGUGUGGUUACACGGAAGACGAAAACAUGAUUCGACUGAGAAGUUGUCUGAAAGGAGAUGCCUUCGCUGCAGUUCGGAGCUUUUUGCUGCACCCGUCUACUGUUGAGAAAGCGGUAAAUGCACUCAAACUCAGGUUUGGUCAGCCGCGAGUAGUGCUACAGUCUAUAAAAGACAAGGUGCUAGCCAUGCCGGUUUUGAAAGCUGAUUCGCUGAACAAAACUAUCGAUUUUGCGUUAGCCGUUCAAAACUUCGUGGCAACAAUUGAGGCCUGUGGAAGCAAGGAGUAUAUGCGGGACAUUUCAUUGCUUAGUGAGCUUGUUGGAAAGCUUCCCGCCGCUAUGAAACUGGAGUGGGCAAGAUACACAAGGAGCUUACGUAGGGUGAACUUGGUCGCCUUUAGUGAAUGGCUCUAUGGUAUUGCCGAAGAUGCCUGCUUAGUCUCAGAGCCGCGAAAAAACCAGGAGGUCAGAAGCCAGGAAACAUACAAAGCACCGAAAGGCUACGUUAGCACGCACACUGAGCACCAAAGCUGGAGGAGCGACGAUUCAUCCGGCCCCGGUAGCAGUACGCAGAAGAUGGUUAGUGAACCCGAGAAGCUUCCCGCUGGAACUUGCGUGAGCUGUAAGGGUGAUUGCGUGUCACUAGCUAAAUGCAAACGAUUUUUGGAUUUAUCUUACGACGGAAAGUGGGCGACAGUUCGCGAAAAUAGAGUGUGUCGCAAAUGCUUGAAGCAACACAAGGGAGGCUGUGCCUCAAGGGAUUGUGGAGUAAACGGCUGUAACUUCAAGCACCACUCACUGUUGCAUAAGGAGCUGCACGCAGAGUCGCAGAUCGUCAACACUAAUCUGCCGCGCGAGGCGCAGUCUUGCAACACUCAUCAAGCUGGAUCCAGUGCCGUGUUGUUCCGCUAUAUUCCGGUAAUAGUAUAUGGCAACGGGAUCGUAGUACACUGUUACGCUUUCCUGGAUGAUGGAUCUUCGCUAACUCUAAUGGACCAGGACCUAGCCGAAGAGCUUAACCUUACAGGAGAGCGCAAUCCACUAUGUCUUAGAUGGACGGGUGGGACACAUCGUUCCGAAAAAGAUUCACGCAAAGUUGCACUGGACAUCUCCGGACUAAAAGGGAAACGCUUCCACUUCGAAGACGUCCGAACCGUGAGCGAACUCCAACUUCCAUGUCAAUCGCUUGAUGUGGAGCAACUUCAAUCUGAGUACCGUUACCUGAAAGGUAUCCCUGUACAAUCAUACAGUGGUGUGCGCCCCCGUUUGCUGAUCGGAGUUCAACAUGCCUACGCGACGCUCGUUAGGAAAAGUCGAGAGGGGAAGGUUGGCCAACCGAUCGCGAUAAAUACAAACCUCGGGUGGACGAUCUACGGUGGAGCUCCGCAAGGUCAGUCGGUAAGCAUGCUACACUACGUUUACCAUGUUAACACAUGUGUCAACGACACCGAAAGGCUGGACGAUGGCCUGGACCGCGCCGUAAAGGAAUACUUUUCGAUUGAGAGUCUAGGUGUAACUUAUCCAAAUAAGGAAAUCCGAUCCCGCGACGACGAACGCGCCAUGCAACUACUGCACGAUCUUACUCAGUUCAACGGAGAAAGGUAUGAAACGGGCCUGCUAUGGAGAAACGUGGACACGAAAUUGCCGAAUAGCAAGCCUAUGGCCCUAAAGCGGUUCUACAGCCUACAACGGCGCAUGGAAAAGGACCCAGACCUGGCGCGGACCCUGGACGAGAAGCUAGUGGAUUAUCUGAGCAAAGGUUACAUACGCAAGUUAACGGCAGAGGAGCUGGCGGAGAGCCAUGAGCGUAUCUGGUAUCUACCAGUCUUCCCGGUGUUUAACCCUAAUAAACCGGGUAAAGUCAGACUUGUCUGGGAUGCGGCUGCUACGAUAAACGGAGUCUCGCUGAAUUCAGCACUGCUUACUGGUCCUGAUCUACUCACUCCCCUAGUUUCCAUUCUCUACAAGUUCCGCGAAUCUCGUUUCGCGGUAUGCGGCGACAUUCGUGAAAUGUUCCACCAAGUCGGAAUGCGUGGCGAAGAUCAACAUAGUCAGCGAUUCCUGUGGUGGGACAGCGAAGAUAGAAAUAAUAUCAAUACUUAUGUGAUGCAGGUAAUGACCUUCGGAGCAUGCUGCUCACCGGCGAGCGCUCAGUUUGCCAAAAAUCUGAAUGCGGAGCGCUUCAGCGAGAAGUUUCCAGCCGCUACAAAGGCGAUUGUACAAUGCACGUACGUAGAUGACAUGCUGUGCAGUGGAGAAACGGAGCAAGAGGUCAUCGAGUUGGCUAAAUCGGUCCGGUUUAUACACAGUGAAGGCGGAUUCGAGAUCCGUAAUUGGACAUCGAAUUCACCUGCAGUUCUCGCGGGAAUUAGUGGUGAAUCAUGCAUAGAAAAAAACCUCGAUCUAGGGUCUAGUAUGGCGACUGAAAAGGUACUAGGCUUAUGGUGGUGUACUGCAACAGAUUGCUUCACUUUUAAGAUAAACUGGAGCAGGCUGGGAGAUGAUCUACUGAAGGGUGAGCGCUGUCCUACGAAACGCGAAGUCCUUCGUAUUAUGAUGUCCAUAUAUGACCCAUUAGGGCUUGUAGCACAUUAUCUCAUGUACCUGAAGGUCUUGCUGCAGGAGAUUUGGCGAUCUGGUGUCGGCUGGGAUGAGAAUAUUGAUCAGAAAUGCCUCGCAAAGUGGCAGGUGUGGCUUAGACUGCUUCCAGAAAUUGAAAAUUUAAAAAUUCCGCGCUGUUAUAGGCUCUGCACGUCGGCUAGGAAUCGAACGGAAGUUCAACUCCAUACCUUCGUCGACGCUGGCGAGAAUGGGAUAGCAGCCGUCGUAUAUCUUCGCUUCGCAGAGGAUGGGAUAGUUGAGUGCUCACUUGUUGGCGCAAAAACCCGCGUAGCUCCGCUCAAAUAUCUUACUAUACCGAGACUGGAGCUUCAGGCGGCAGUGAUUGGAGCCAGGAACGUGCUUUCGUGGAUUCGUGCCGAUCAUCGCAAGUACAGCCAAUUCGUAGCUACGCGUAUUAGUGAGCUUCUGGAUCUAACAAAAGUGUCUGAUUGGAACUGGGUUCCAUCUAAGUGGAACGUAGCUGAUGAAGGGACGAAAUGGCAGAGUCGACCAUCACUAAAGAGUGAUAGCAGAUGGUACAAAGGACCCGAGUUCCUUUACCAGUGCGAAGAGGAAUGGCCAGCGUUACCCGAAAAAAUAGUAGAGCCUGAGGAAGAAUUGCGUGCCAAUGUUCACGUGCACGUCGUCGCCGAAAAGUUAGCCAUCCAAAUGGAGAGAUUCGGCCAUUGGAGACGUCUCGUUCGUGCGACAGCAUACAUCUUUCGUUUCAUUAGGAACACUCGACCAAAGCUCUUUACGCAGAUUGAAGGUGGUCUCACGUGCGAAGAAAUACGUGAUGCUGAAGACUUUCACAUUCGUGCCGCACAGCUGGAUACCUUCCGGGACGAGCUCCUGGUCCUAAAGCGAAAUGACCUCAAGUCAGCCUUACCCAAGCGGAGUCCACUGUACAAACUCAACCCAUUCGUUGAUGAACGCGGAUUGCUGCGUAUGCGAGGCAGAACAGGAUUGUGCGAAUACCUGUCCCAAGAUACCGUGAACCCCGUUAUUCUUCCCCGAGAUCACCAAGUCACUGACCUCAUCGUUAGAAAUUACCACGACAAGUUCCACCACCGGAACCACGAGUCGGUUAUCAACGAAAUCCGACAAAGGUUCUGCAUCAGUCGGUUACGACGAGUGUAUGCUAAAAUAAGAUUUAAUUGUCAACACUCUGCUCCUCACAUGGGUGGGAGCUGGGAACGACUCGUCCAAUCCGUCAAGCGAAACCUGUCCGAAAUGAAGCUGCCCACCCGUCCAACCGAUGAGGAACUACGAAACGCGUUAAUCGAAGUAGAAGGCAUCCUCAAUGCACGACCACUUACACACGUGCCCGUCGAAGACGAAGCAGCACCGGCGCUCACCCCAAACCACUGGCUUUUGGGUAGCUCCGAUGGUUCCAAACCAUGGUCUCUCUUGAACGAGGACUCCAUUGCGCUGCGACGCGGGUGGCACUCAUCUCAAAAGUUCGCGAACCAAUUCUGGACUAGAUGGCUCCGGGAAUACCUUCCGGAAAUCACUAGGCGUUCUAAAUGGCACGAGAAGGUCCCACCGAUUACCAAAGGAGAUAUCGUGCUUAUUGUCGAUCCAAACUCACCGAGAAACUGUUGGCCAAAAGGGCGUGUCAUUGGGACGGUGAAUCACAAUGGACAGGUGCGGACAGUGACCAUUCAAACGGCGAAUGGCGUGUACGAGAGACCGGCGGUCAAGGUUGCGGUGCUUGACGUUAGAAGUAAGGAGGAGUUAGCAGACUCAGAGGCGGAGUCAGCAAACUGGGGGGGAGUGUCAAUGAACCACCCUCUGGAUCAGAGCACAACGAACGCACUCCAACAGUAA